CCCAUUUCUUAACCCGCAGCCUGUUUCCCUCUUGUUCCUGAACCGCUGCAGGAAGAACAGGGGCCACAGUGAUGUGUGCUUUUAUCGUUCGGCAUGCCUAGUUAAAAAUACGGCCACUGUGAAAGGAAUCUUACAUCAUUCGUGUCUUGUCCCCUGCUGCUUUUUUUCUUCAGAGAGUUCAGAGAGAGGGAGGAGGAUGAGCUGCAUGCUCUCUUGCUCUGCUUGCGGAGUGGAGAUGGAUGUGUAUAAAAGGGAAAGCCUGUGGGCUUUGGAGCCAUACAAUGAUCAGGAACUGAGAGUGGCAAGAGCCAAGGAGUAGUUAGAGCUCAGUAGGAUACAGUUAGUGAGUCACUUCUCUGACAUCAAGCAGUUACGCUGGGUUGGAAGAGAGAGAUAGAGUAGAAGCGCACAAUUCCACAAUGCCCAUGGAGCAAGUAUUCAGGCACUGCGACAAAGAUACGCUGAAGAUGGCCAUGCUGAAGCACGAACAGACUUUCAGACAGCAAGUUCACGAGCUCCAUCGCUUAUACAGGAUCCAGAAACUUCUGAUGCGAGACCUCAAGAGGGAGCUCAAGAGCCAGAGGAACCUGUCGACCUCCCCGAACGGCGGCUCCACCGAGCACAGCAGAGGCGCGCUCGGCAUGUGCGCCUACGAGCACCGCUACGCCGCUCGCGGUCCUGGCGGCUACGUAGCAGUAACGACACCAACGCCCCGCACGGCGCUCAGCUUCGACGUUGUGGCGCCGGCCGUCGAGUACGUGCGGAGCGCGGAGGAGGAGGACGACGACGAGGCGGAGGAGGAGACCGACGACGACGCGGAGCUGGAGCUCACGCUGGCCGUGGGCGGCGGCGGGGCCAAGAAGAGGUACGGCGAGUACCCGUCCGGCGGGGAGAGCCUCUCGUCGUCGUCGACGGAAUCCGACGUGCUCACCGCCUCCGCCCGCGAGUGGCGCCAGGCGCGCGGCACGCCGUACCACCAAAAGAGGAGGCCGGGCGCCGGGCUGGACGUGGUGCAGGCGGUGGAGGACGGCGUCGGGAUGCAGGCGCCGCCGCCGCUGCUGUUCCACUGGCUCAGCCUCAAGAUGGCAUGACGCUACGAGAGGGGAAUCAAAGAACGCAUGUGUUGAUUGCUGCGCCUAGUGUCAGGGUGUUGACUUGAUACUGUUCUUCAGUUGAAUGCUGCGUGGUCAGAUCAAGUCUAGAAAUCAAUAAUUGACUAGUCGUUCAGGAGGAUGUAGGAGACACUUUCCAAAACGUAAGGAGACUGUAGGGACUUGCUUUUCAGAUUAAGCUACGAGUGUGACUACCUUACUGCAAGUGCUUCUGGUCUUGUUGACGACAGUCAACAAUACAAGGCGGCGAGAAUGCAAGAGAAUUCGGUAAAAACAAUUGGACCUUGUGUGCUGCAAAUUUCAGUGUGAUGUUAAUCGAAUGGCUGAUCCAAACCUGUGUACCCUGAAAGCUUCAUCACAUACAGAUCAAAGCAUGUGAAACAUUGCUGCACGCCAACUCCUCGUAUGUUCAGUUCACUGAUGGGCUUCCUUUUCUUCUCUUGCUUGUGCUUCUUUAUCGUCCCACAUUCUUUCGUCUCCGACUCCGAUUGCUACUCACCGUCGCGAUAAAUCGACAUGCAAAAUAUGACAUGCCAUUGUAGGCGGGGCUU